UUGAACAAAUGGUUGCACCGAGUCAAGAAAAUGCUUCCGGAUUCAUAAUACAAGGUUUCUCUGAAACUCCAGAGCUUCAAAUUUCUCUUUUUGUGCUAUUCCUUGUAAUCUAUCUCAUCAUUCUUCUGGGAAAUCUCAUCAUAUUCUUAGUCAUUUCAUACAGUCCUCACUUACACACCCCCAUGUACUUAUUCUUGCAGAACCUUUCAAUCAUAGACAUUUCGUUCACCACAAAUAUUUUACCUAAUUUGCUACAUAUUCUUCUCACACAACAAAAUAACAUUUCAUUCUUGGGGUGUAUGACUCAAAUGUAUGUUUUUGUGGCCUUGGCUGCCAGUGAAUAUUUUCUCCUGACGGCCAUGGCUUAUGAUCGUUAUGUUGCCAUCUGUGAUCCCCUUCAUUACAUUUCCCGAAUGAGUAUGAAAUAUUGUGCUUGGCUUAUAACUGCAGCAUACGCUGUUGGUUUUGUUGACACUGUUGGCCAUCUUGUCCUUAUAUCCAAACUGUCAUAUUGUGCUUCCCAUAUUGUUAACCAUUUUUUCUGUGAUAUGGCACCAUUGCUAAAACUUUCCUGCAGCAGCACUUUUAGUGUGGAACUUUUAUUUUACAUUGAAGGGACAUUGAUUUUUUUUAAUUGCUUCCUCCUUACACUGACCUCAUACAUAUUUAUCAUCUCUGCUAUCCUGAAAAUACAAUCCUCAGAGGGGCAACAAAAAGCCUUUUCUACCUGUGCUUCUCACUUGACCUGUGUGAUGACCCUUUAUGGGACAGUAUUUUGCUUGUAUAUGAGGCCCCAAAAAAGUUAUUCCCUUAAAAGUGACAAGUUUUUUUCACUGUUGUACAUUGUCCUUGGUCCUAUACUAAAUCCUCUUAUUUACACAAUGAAAAAUAAAGAAUUUAAAGCUUCCCUUAAUAAUGUGAGGCAAAGAUGUUAUCUUUUCUUAAAUUUUAGAUGA